AUGGUAUUAUUGAAAAGUGAGUGGAAAGGAGAUCACAAGAUGCACUCACCAGACUUUGCUGAAGACGAUAAAAAAGUGGGGAGUGUUGUAAGUGAUGAAAGUGAAGUGAAAAGUGAUAAUGAAACGAAGGAGGUCGGUGAUGGUGAUGAGCCUACAAAAACAGUGAACCUAAGGGAGAACCGCCUGACCAGUAUCAUUGAUCAGCUACGGUGCCAGAAUAAGAUGAAAGGCAAUCCUCAGCAGGAAAAUGUCAACUUAACUUCAAUUAAUGGUGAAGGCGGCGGGGGUGGGGGCGCGGCGCGGCGGUGCGCGCGCGAUGCUGCGGCGUCGCCGGCGCACGCGCACGCGCCGACGCCGACGCCAGCGCCGCCCGCGCAACUGCAACAACACGUCAAGAGCGAGAGGCUCAGCCCACACGACUCUACUGCUUCCAGAUCCCGCAGCGUGACGCCGUCGACAUCGUCAUACCCGGGCACGCCGCCCGAGCGCGGCAGCCCGCACGCCCCGCCACAGCCUGCGCCCGCGCACCCUCCACGCAACUACUCAGACAUAAUGCGCUCACUAGCCGCACGGUACAAUUCCCAUCCUAACAACGACUAUUUCCACCGUAUGAAUGGGUUCGGCGUGGAGACUCGAGCGGCGGCGUCGCCGUCGACGCAGGCAGACGCUACCGACGCGCCUCUCGGCGGACUUUUUACAAAACUAGCAAAGCAACAAGGGGGUCCGCCGCGGCUACCCGCUUUCCCUGUCAUGCUGGACAUGAGCUCCACAAAGACUCUGUUGGCGAUAUCGCGAGUGGGUCGCGGAGGACGUUCACGACGCAAACGCGUCGGCGCCGGCGCACCAGAGCAUUCGCCGCUGGAUCUCUCUGCUGCAGGGGAAAGUGCAGCCAAACGGGCGAGACUCUCUGCGAGUCCGAGCACUAGGAGCGACAGUGAUGAACGAGAUAGAGUAUCAAAUGAUGAUCGGAGUGAGGCGAGAGGUGAUUGCCUCUGUGCGGAAGCGAGAGCUCGACUGUCAGCGUGGACAGUCGAUGACGUAUGUGACUUUGUCACCUCAAUCGAUAUUGCCUCUGAAUAUGCUUCGAAUUUCCGGGAGCAGAGAAUCGACGGUGCAGGGUUACCGCUACUCACUGAAGAACACUUAACAGGGAUGUUGCAAAUGAAGUUAGGGCCGGCGUUAAAACUCAAAGCUGUGCUAUCGAGACGCCUAGAGCCCUGUGCUCACUGUCAAGCCCUCAAUCCAGCCCCCGCCACCCCUGUACCAGGAACGCGGAUAAACGGCACUGCCCUCAAAUCUGAACCGAGGAGCAACACAACCAGUCCCAGUUAG